UCAUUAUUAACAUCAAACUAAACUAACGUUUCUUUCCCUCGUCAACAAGGAAUCUCUCUCUCUCUCACUCUCUCCUUUAUUUCCUUUUUCAACCGCUCCUCCUCCCCCUCAACCCAUUGCCCAUCCUUCAAUGAAUCCAAUGAAUACCCUCGUUUCAAAAUCCAAAAUUUUCUCUCCUCCUUCAAGCUAUACCACCAGUGGCAGUAUCAGCAGCAGCGACAGCGAUGAGAGCCCCAUCUGCUCUCAACGAAUGUCGCUGCUGUCUCUGCCACUGCCAUGCAAUGCCUGCACUUGCCACCGACAAUUGGCCAUUCUCUCAGGCCAUGUUGGCUCUGUCUCUUGCCUUGCCCUGUGUGGCGAGUUCAUUCUCAGCGCUUCACAGGGCAAGGACAUCAUAGUGUGGCAGCAACCAGAUUUGAGGGUGUUUGCCAAAUUUGGUCAUGGAGAUGGCUCCGUCAAGGCACUUGUAACGGUCGGAAACAAGGUUUUCACGGCUCAUCAAGAUAGCAGGAUCAGGGUUUGGAAGGUGUCAAGGAGCUCAGAGAAUGUGUUCAAGCUUGUUGACACAUUACCCACCACAAAGGACUAUUUGGGGAAGUUCAUGAAACAGAGCAACUAUGUCCAAACCCGGAGGCACCACAAGCGUUUGUGGAUUGAGCAUGCUGAUAGUAUCUCUUGUUUAACGGUUUGUAACGGUUUGAUUUAUUCAGGGUCAUGGGACAAGACCCUUAAAGUGUGGAACCUCUCAGAUUUGAAGUGUUUGGAGUCAAUUAAAGCUCAUGAUGAUGCAAUUAAUGGGUUGGUAGCAAGUAAAGGGAUUGUGUAUUCUGCUUCUGCUGAUGGGAAGAUUAAAGCUUGGGGGAGGAAGGAAGAGAAGAAGGGAUUGCAUUGUUUGAAAGGGGUUCUGGAGGGUCAUAAAGAUGUUUCCUUCAACUCUGUGAUUGUUUCUGAUGAUGGGAAAUGGGUCUAUGGAGGAGGUUCUGAUGGUUUUGUUAUAGGUUGGGAAGGGUGUGGGAAUUUUGAGAAUUGGAAGAUGGUUUCUGAGACUAAGGCACAUGAGAUGGCUGUGUUGUGUAUGUGCCUAAUGGGGGAUUUUUUGUGCAGUGGCUCUGCUGAUAAAAGCAUCGGUAUUUGGAAGAGAGAGGCUUUUGGAAAGCUUUGUAAAGUUGGGAUCAUAAGUGGCCAUCAAGGGCCAGUGAAGUGUUUGCAAGCCUCACCCAAUAGAAUUGGCGGUGGCUUUUUGCUUUACAGUGGGAGCCUUGACAGAAGUGUGAGAGUAUGGUGGGUUCCAAGGUAUACAGAAGAAGUGGAGGACAACUCUGCGAAGUGCAAACUGAAAGAAUCCUUCACCCCCAUGUUAGGAACAUGUUGAAGGCUGAAUAAUGAAGCGCAGGAUCUUAUUUUUACAGUGUCUGUGGUGCUUCCUUCUUGAUUUGUUUUCUCCUCAUUGGAACUUGUUAUACUUUGCAGUUACUUGAGACUCAAACAACAACCAAGUGACCAGCAAAAUUGAAGUUUUUUUUUUUUUUUUUCGUUUUUUGAGUCUUGAAUAUGCUGUUUUGGUUUUCUGGUUUUCAUUCCAUUUUUUCCAGGUAGCUGGGUGUAGGAUUCAUAGCAGAGUGGUGUGUGAUUAUACAUUCUUUUUUUCAAAAUUUCAUUUUUAUGUUUCUGUACAAUUGUAACUAUGCCUACAAAGGAUUCAAUCAAUGGAAAUAAAUUAUGUUCUUUUA